AAUACCACGUGACCUUCCCAGCCUGGCUUCAACUAAUAUGGAGGAUCGUUGCGAGCGGUCUCGAACACACAUUUCUGCACUAUUUCCUGAAAUAUUGGCCAUGGUAUUUAGUUAUUUGGACACAAGAGAUAAAGGACGGGUAGCCCAGGUAUGUACCACUUGGCGAGACGCUGCUUAUAACCGCAUGGUUUGGCGAAAAGUUGAAGCGAAGCUACAUCUUCGCCGUGCAAACCCUUCUUUGUUUCCAAGCCUUGUGAAGCGUGGCAUUCAUCGAGUCCAAGUGCUUAGUUUGAGACGAAGUCUCCGAGAUGUCGUCUUAGGAAUACCCGGUCUAGAAAGUUUAAAUCUUAGUGGUUGUUACAAUAUUACCGAUUUCGGACUCAGCCAUGCCUUCGCCCAGGAACUGGCUUCCCUGACAGUGCUCAACUUGAGCCUAUGCAAACAAGUGACCGAUUCAAGCUUAGGGAGGAUCACACAGUUUUUGAAGAACUUAGAAGUGCUUGAACUGGGUGGCUGUUGCAAUGUGAGCAACACAGGACUUCUGCUUGUGGCAGUCAGUUUACGAAAAUUGAAAAGUUUGAAUUUACGAAGCUGCCGCCACAUAUCUGACCAGGGUAUAGGUUAUCUAGCAGGACUGUGUCACAAGUCCGCGUGUGGAAACCCGGAGCUGGAACACCUGGGGUUACAGGACUGCCAGAAACUAACUGACCAAGCUUUGAAACAUGUGAGUCUAGGCUUGACAACUCUCAAGACUAUUAACCUUUCAUUCUGUGGCAGUGUGACAGACACAGGUAUAAAGUACCUGUCCAAAAUGCUCAGUUUGAGGGAACUUAAUCUGCGAAGUUGUGACAACAUCAGUGACAAUGGUUUAGGUUAUUUGUCGGAAGGUGGUUCAAGGAUAACAUCAUUGGAUGUGAGUUUUUGUGACAAAGUUGGUGAUCAAGGACUCUAUUUCCUCUCCCAAGGACAACUAAGUUUGAGGAAUUUGAGCCUAAGUGCUUGCAACAUCAGUGACGAUGGAAUAAACCGUCUUGUUAAUACAUUACAAGAAUUAAAAACACUGAAUAUUGGACAGUGUGUGAAAAUUACAGAUAGGGGACUAAGUUUAAUUGGUGAGAAAAUGCGCAAUUUGCGAUCUAUAGACCUGUAUGGUUGUACACGCAUCACAACUGUAGGCCUGGAGAAGAUCAUGCAGCUUCCAAGCUUGGACACACUCAAUCUAGGUCUGUGGCACAAGAGGUGAUGACCUGUGUCCAGAUGCCAUGACCUAUGACACUGCUAGCCUCAGGCUAUUACUGACUGGUGAAGACAGGGUACUUCUGGAAUGCAGGGAAUGUCCCACAUUUACAGGCCAGUCUGUGGCGCCCCAGAUGUCUGGAUAUUACAAAAGGCCUGAGGCAUCUUAAUCAAAUGUUGAAAUGAUAAGAUUCCUAUGCUUCAAACAAAUUGUACCUGAACAUAAUCAAAACAGGAAGUUUUCAAAUGGUCAGAAGUUAGCUGUGACAUGAGAUGAACGACACCUUGCGGUGCUAGAAUCAUUGAGGUGGACUCACUUGAAAGUGCUAAAGACAAUUUGCUCAUAAUGUGUCCCUGUACUCCCAAGGAUGUGUAAUAUUUGCUGAACGUGGGGUUACACUCUUCCAAAGAUGUUUGACAGAAGUAUAUAUAUAUAUAUAUGAUUUUGUAAUGAAAUAAUUUCAAAACUA